AGAUUUAACUUUGUCCUAGACGUAUAUGCAUGACGUAACAGUCUUUCGCAGUUUGCCUAGUGGCCAUUUUGUUUUCAAUCGCACGGCUGAUUAAGGUGUCCAUCUGUCCAUUCAGCCUGGCGAGAGAAGCAUUCAAGCGCAACAAUGGAUUCAAAGCGGCAUGAACGCAGCUCCAAGUCCAAUACAGACUCACCGCCUGCUCCGCCUUCGCCUCCUAUGUAUAGCACAUCUUACACAGCAUAUGACGGGUACAAAAACAGAAUGUCGUCGCGCCGUUCGCCCUCGCCUUCGGACUAUAGAAGCAGUAGAACCUCUCGAAAUGACUCGCCACAGGAAAGACGUAGAAGAAGACGCAGUGGUUCUAAAUCUCCCCUGAGUAGAUCGCACAGACGAUCGCGUUCGCCUGACAGAGACAAGGAUCGAGAUAGGGAUAGAGAAAGAGAUAGAUCGCGAAAAUAUUCUAGAAGAGACAGAUCAAGAUCCAGAUCAAGAGGAAGAUCGCGCUCUAGAGAUAGAAGACGUAGCCGUAGUCGUAACAGAAGCAGAGACAGACACAGAGGCAGAGAAAGCCGUAGAUACCAUAGAGCGCCGUCGUACGAAUCCGACAUUGCAGAAGAUAAUACAGAAGCAGCAAUAUCACAACCAGUCAUUCCUCCGCAAUCUAACGCUUUUAAAAACGACGGUAGCUUUAUGGAAAUGUUCAAAAAGAUGCAAGAACAAAUGCAACCUACACAAAAACCGACGACUUCUGUUUUAGAAGAGAAGAGUGUAGUUCCCCCACCUUUGAUGGUAGGAAAGAGGCGAGGAGGGAGGAUUUUAAAAACUGGAAUGGUUGCUAAACCAAAGACUGAACAAACUGUUGAACAGCCCAAGGAUGCUUGGUCACUUUACAUGGCUGAAGUAAAAAAAUAUAGGGAAGUUUGUUGUCAAGAAGAAGACAACACCAGGCCACUGGUCAAAUAAUUGAUUACAAAAAUUUUCUUUUCAAAAAUUCUAGUUCAAUGACUUCACAAUUACACUUAAGCAAAGAAAAACUAUUGAUCAUGUUAUUUCAAACUUUAAAGAGCUGCCAUGUAAGAUGUUUUGUUACUUAGACAAUUGUGCUGUCCAGAAAAGUUUAUAGAUGAUAAAUUCCUUUCUCUUUUUUUUUUACAAUAUGAAAUGUACUAAUGCGUUUAUCAGAAGUUACGAAUGCACGGUACCAGAUUAUUAACUAUUUUGACUCGAGAAGUGUCGUUAAAUAAUACGAAAAUAAAAAGAUGACUGUAGUGGAGAAUUAACUAUUAUUUGUGAUAGUGUUAAGUGGUGCAAGAGACAAACGGACUAAAGCGAGAGACGCAUAGAGAGUUUGCCUUUGGGGAGAAAGGGUGGGUGACAAAUGUAGGUCAUUCAAUAAAUAUAAUAGAUUAAGUAA